CCUCAAACUGCUCUCUUGCGCAUCCGUCGUCCCGGACAUUUGUUAGAAUUCCAGCUGAUAAGCGCUGCGAUGGGAAAGUCCGUCAAGGCCACCAUCACCGACACCCAAGAGGCGCAUGAUGAUUUUCUGGAUCUCGACGACCGAGGGCUGAAGGAGAUUCCGCCAGAGCUUUGGAACUUGACAUGGCUCACACGGCUGAACCUAUCGCACAACAGGCUGAAUGUUCUCACCACCGAGAUCACAAGACUUUCCAAGCUGACCAGCUUCACUCUCUACGCAAACCAAAUCUCGUAUCUCCCACAAAAGAUCAGCACCCUUCCAAAUCUGAAGCGGCUGUGUGUGAGCAACAACUCGCUCGAGGAGCUGCCGUCGGGGUUUGGAUGCUGUCCUGCCUUACAGUACCUCGAUGUUUCGUGCAACUUUAUCAAAGAGAUUUCGUCCAACUUUGGGUUUCUGACCACCCUCAAGGAGCUUCAUCUUGCCGAUAAUCAACUCAAGACUUUGCCCAAAGAAAUCGGCAAUCUGCACUCUCUCCAAACGUUGGUUGUCCGUGAUAAUGAAAUCGAGCAGCUCCCGCCGGAGAUGGGCAAGCUCUCACAGCUCAAGUCACUGUUGGCCCAGGGAAACAGAAUCAAGACACUGCCAAAGGAGCUUGCAAAUGUGCCCCUCUCUUUGGAUGGCUCCGUAUUGCGUCUGGCCGCAAACCCUCUUCACCAAACCAUUGUGGACAAACUGAAGGCAGGCGGUGUCAAGGAACUGUGGACUUUCAUGAAGACUUUGGAAUACGAGGCGAUUCUCCCCAAACAGUAGCUCGACGAUUAUAUAUGGAUGUGUAUUCGGGAUCCGGAAAACAGCAGCCAUUAACGAUAGAAGCAAGAUGUCUCCGUUACGUUUCUUGAAUAAAAAGUGGCGAUUCUAUGAAAAAUAUUGUGUGCGUAUAUGGGUUUGUGGUGUUUGUGUGCUUGUGUGUCUGUGUAUCUCUACGAUCGAAAGAAACGAACGGCAAAUCAUAAUUGGGUGCAUAGUUUUGAUGCCUCACGCUAAUGGUGAUGAUGGCCAGCAAAGGGUUGUGCCAUCAAAGAAACGAGGUUCUUGAAAAGGUUGGUGUCGCAGCGGUCUCAUAGCUUCUAGGCAAGAUGGAGCCGUGCCUGUGUCGAGGGCGACUGAGCUGUCCGAAUGCUCGAAUACUCGCGCCGUGCUCCAGUAUAGGGAUACCAAAGCUUCGCGAAAUGUGAAGCCGGUGCACCAGUCGAUCUUUGUCGCAG